AUGCCAAAACUGCCUGGAGCUCUAACCCUAGAGGUGAGCAGUGGCUCUCAUCACUUGGAGUCGGUGCCCUGCUCUUGCCCGUUGGCCCAUGCUAGAGGUAGGGUGAAACCACGUGAACUGGCUUAUAGCGCCGAGGAUCUGGAACAAGCGAAGAGAGUCGCAGAGAAUGGUGAACAACCAGAAGAACUAGUUCCGAUUCGUUUGGAUAUGGAAUUGGAUGGCGUGAAACUUCGUGACACAUUCUGUUAUAACAAGAAUGAGAAACUGAUUACUCCUGAUUUGAUUGCCGAAAUGAUGUGUGAAGACCUCGACUUGCCAACGAGCACCUUUCAACCAGCGAUUGCAUCAGCAAUAUAUCAGCAGCUGGAAGCAGCUGCUGAAGCACCACCUCUAGAUCCAAACGUGACUGAUCAGCGAGCGAUCAUGAAACUGAAUAUCAAUGUUGGGAAUCAGAGUCUUGUCGAUCAGUUCGAAUGGGAUAUGUCUGAUCCGAACAAUAGCCCUGAACAGUUUGCGCGAAGUCUCUGCGCUGAACUUGGGCUUGGAGGCGAGUUCACUUCUGCCAUUGCCUACUCGAUCCGUGGACAGUUACAAUGGAAUCAAAGGACGUAUGCGUUUUCGGAGAGCCCACAACCAACAGUCGAAUGCACUUUUAGGAACCCAUCUGAAUCCGAGGCUUGGGGUCCAUUCCUGGAGACACUCACGGAUGCCGAAAUUGAGAAGAAAAUGCGUGAUCAGGAUCGAAAUACACGGCGCAUGAGACGUCUUAACAAUGUCGGAAGCACUUGA